UGAAGGCAAUGAUAGCGAAAGAAGUUGACUCCCUUCGUAAUCGCCUUCUAGGCAUUAGUAGCGGUGUCAGGCUCUGCUGCCCUGACUGUGAAAAAUGAUGCUGAAGCAGACUGGGAAAAGAGAUUCUUUGUAUUCUAAAAUUAGCUUUUCGGGAUUGUGGGUUUCUGAGGAAUAAGGAAGGACUGGUUUCACACAGACUAUGCCAGAAGGUGCGAGUUCCUAUGAGUCAAACGGAAGCAGGAACUGGCAAUUGUGACGGGUCGAGAAGUUACAUGGAACGACCAAGAUGCCAUUUUACGAACGUCUCCAUCCACUGAAUGUCCUUGUGGAUCCAAAGAGGGAUCUGCCAAAAAUACUUUUGUGUUGUUUGAUGCUGCUUCUUGAUCAUUUGGGAUGGGGAGCUGAUGUAUCCUUGAGAGACCGGGCUCUUGAACUAAUGAGGAGUUCGCGUGUCAUUGAUGGACACAAUGACCUGCCACUGAAGCUGAGAUGGCAUUAUCAAAACAAGCUGAGCAAAAUUGACUUAAGGACACUCAACAAAACAGGCACAAAUAUUCAGAAACUCAAGACUGGCCUUGUUGGUGCUCAGUUUUGGUCAGUGUAUGUUCUCUGCAGCGCUCAGAACAAAGAUGCUGUGCGCCUGACCCUGGAGCAGAUCGAUGUUGUCAAGCGGAUGUGUGAAUCCUAUCAGGAAUUUGAGCUGGUGACGACUAGUCAUGGCAUUGCAAACGUUCCAGACGAUAAGAUAGCUUGCCUGAUCGGCAUCGAAGGGGGUCACACCAUUGACAGCAGUCUUGCGGCUCUGCGGAUGUAUUAUGAGCUGGGUGUCCGUUACAUGUCGCUAACGCACACCUGCAACACUCCCUGGGCAGAAACAUCAUCAAAUCAUGUACACAAUUUCUACCCUCGCGUGAAAGGCUUGACUGCUUUUGGCAAAGAGGUGGUGAAGGAGAUGAAUCGCCUGGGGAUGAUGAUAGACUUAUCACACGCUUCUGAUGCAACAGCCAGGGCAGUCCUCAAGACCUCCAGAGCACCAAUUAUUUUCAGCCAUUCCUCUGCCUUUUCAGUCUGCAACCAUUCACGCAACGUCCCUGAUGAUAUUCUAAAACUUCUAAAGAAGAAUACUGGAAUUAUCAUGGUGUCAUUCUCAACUGCGAUGCUGGCCUGUGGUGAUGGAACCGUGAACAUUUCCACUGUUGCAGAUCAUUUUGACCACACAAGGAAAAUUGCAGGUUCCACAUCGAUAGGAAUUGGCAGUGAUUAUGAAGGAGCAACUCACUUCCCUGAGGGGCUGGAAGAUGUUUCAAAAUACCCAGCCUUGAUCGAGGAACUGCUGAGGAGACGCUGGACUGAUUCAGAACUGCGUGGUGUUUUGAGAGAGAACAUUCUGCGUGUUUUCACCGAGGUAGAAAAAGUGCAGCACAAAAGUUCAUCAGCAAAUCCAAGCGAAGAGGAGAUUCCUCCUGAAAAGAUCCUGCAUUCCUGUCGUUUAGACCUGAGGCGUCCUCCUGGGCCGAUCACCCAUUCUCAUGCCGCAUCUUCCUGGGGAGAGCUAAACAGUCUAAUAGCCACUGUGAUGACCACUCUCUUAUUUCUUUGUAAAUAAAUGCAAUAGGUACAAAAUAUGUACAAAA